AUGAAUGAAUUUUCAUCAGAUAUAAUAAAAGAAAUUUUAAAAUUCUUAACUUACAGAGAUGUUAUAAAAAAUAAAUAUUUGAUCAAUAAGGAAUUUUAUUAUGCUCUAAAUUACAAUGAUUUAUGGAAAUAUUUUUAUAAAUAUGAAUAUUAUGAGGAUUCAAUUAAUAGAAAAAGAAAUGAUCCAUUUAAAGAAUUAUUUUAUAUUAGAUGCAUAGAGAAAAAAAAAAAUAAAUAUAUUGAUUUACCUAAAUCAGCACAAGAACAAUUUUUAGAUAUGGAAGCUUCAUUGCUUUCAUUAAAAGAUUGUUCACUGAAUAGUUUUAAUAAUUAUGAUUUAUAUAAUGAUAAUAGCAAUAAUUGGUAUAACAAUUUUAAUAAUUCAUUAAAUAUAUUUCAUUUAAAUUAUAAUACUAAUAUACAACUUAAAAGGCACUCAUUAUCAUAUAAGAAUACUUGUAAAACUGAGGAAAAAAUUAGUUCUAUUAACGAAGUAUCAAAUUUAGAAAGUGUAAUUAAAAAAAAAAAUGAAAAUAAUUUAAAUAUGAAAAUACGACUUACAUACGAAAAUGUUUCAAAUCAAGAUAAAAAUAUUCACAUAUGUUCAUUUAAACACUGUGAAUUUCAGUUUAUUCAAAAAAAUAAUUUAUAUAUAUGUUUAACAAGUAAAAAUUUUCAUGUGUGUGAUGAUAAAUGCGAUUUAUCUAUUUUUUCAGAUAUAGAAUGGGGUUAUCUAGUAUGCCCAAUAUCUGGUAAAAUGUUUGAUUACUUAUCACAUUUAAAAAGUGGGAACACAUUUUUAAGAAUUAGGAAUAAUAUAAGUUCAUCUUUAAAAUAUAUAUGGCCAAAUAUCAAUGAAAAUUCUUUUCCUUACUAUUCAGACGAAGAAAAAAAUGAAAUAGAAGAGCAAGACGAUCAAGAAAUGGAGCAAUAUUUCGAAUAUUCAAAUAGCUUUUUUAAAAGAAAAAAUAAAAAAAAUAAAUUUUGUUUUAUUUCAAACAUAAAAAAAAAUAACAAAGCAUACAAAAAGAUAAAAAAAAAAGAAAAAUCAGAGAAUUAUAAAAAUAAUUUAUUCAAAAAAAUAUUAAAUUCUUACAAAAAUAAAAAAAAGAACAACACAAAAAAAAUUAUACCAAAGAUGUAA